CAAGCCGACCAUUACGCCACCGCACUAAAUUAAAUAAAAAAAAUGUCCAUAGUGUGUAACGUGCAACACAGUGUCCCCGGUUUGUCAGAUCAGAUAGAGUAGAGAGGAAACGGGAAAGCGUUAUCGCGAGAAUACGGCGUGUUUCGACGCGCGCGCGCUGGAUGGCGCUGCUGCGGGAUGUUUCGGAAUUUUUUUUGCGGGUUGAGCAAAAGGUUUCAGCUCGGAUAGGACACUAGACCGCGUCUGGACGAAGAAGACACGAGAGUGUGCGCCUCAAGGUGCGGAAGAAGUUCAGCGAAGGAACCUGUGAAUCAGUAAUAAGGUCGAGCAGCAUCACACCCUCGGCACCUACAAGUGUCUCUAAUGAUCGCGUCAUUGACUGAACACACUCGGAUGUGACCUGCCUGUCCGCAUGCUGAUGUGCCAACAGAGCAUAUACCAGGCACGCCUCGGCCGGCCCGGAGCACGCCUGCUGGAGGAUUUCUCAUUGCAUUUCAUGAGCCGAGAGAAGCAGUAAAUUUCCGUACAACUCAACAGUGCUGCUCCACUCUCACGAUCAAUACCAGUCUGAGCAGAGAUAAGAGCUUUUGGCCACAAGACCGGAUGGUGGAAAGGGGCUAAAGAUUGCACAGGCUUGGCUUAAGGAAGACAUACUGUCCUGGACCAGAGUGAAGCAACAGCACCCACAGAGAGGCGCACACACACAAUCCAUGAAGGCACUGCAAGAAGGCUAAGCCAUUUGCAGGUCAAAGGUUACUUUGUCACUUUAUUAGAGCGAAUUUGUCAGAAAAAGAGCCUCUUUAGCGUCUGACCACGUUAUUGAACUCUGCACCCCUGAUAGCAGCUCCCAACUCUCUGGGAAACACACAACGCUGCUUUAGACCCACACACCGCCCUCACAUGGGAGUGACAUAGAAGCAAGUCCAUACCAACAUCCCUGCUUUUUCUCACAGUGGCUCAACCUGUGUUUCUGUCACACACCCAUAAACUUCCGUAAACUUUCACACUUGCAUUAUCUACACUCACCCAGGAUGCCUUCCUCCUCCUCCUGUGUGAUUGGCUGGAGAAGGAAGCAGCCUUUGUGGUGACUGGAAAAGGAAGUGGGGCGGCAUCGAUGUCGUGGAAGCGGAACUACUUUGCUUCUGGCAGCAGCGGGCUGCAGAGCGUUUCUAGCCCGGGCACCAUGAACUCCAUUGCCCCCAGCAAAGGCCUGAGCAACGAGCCAGGCCAGAACAGCUGCUUCCUCAACAGCGCACUGCAGGUACUUUGGCACCUUGACAUCUUUCGCAGAAGCUUCCGGCAACUGACCACACACAAGUGCAUGGAGGACUCGUGCAUCUUCUGUGCUCUUAAGAGCAUCUUUGCCCAGUUCCAGUACAGCAGUGAGAAGGUGCUGCCAUCAGAUGCUCUUCGCAGUGCCCUGGCUAAGACUUUCCAGGAUGAGCAGCGCUUCCAACUGGGCAUCAUGGACGACGCUGCUGAGUGCUUUGAGAACCUGCUCAUGCGCAUCCACUUCCACAUUUCCGAUGAGACUAAAGAGGACAUCUGCACAGCCAAACAUUGCAUCCCACACCAGAAGUUUGCUAUGACACUAUUUGAACAGUGCGUGUGUAACAGUUGUGGAGCUACUUCGGACCCUCUCCCCUUCAUUCAGAUGGUGCACUACAUCUCCACCACAUCUCUCUGUAACCAGGCCGUGCGAAUGCUUGAGUGCAGGGAGAAGCCGACCCCGGACAUGUUUGGUGAGCUUCUGCGCAAUGCUAGCACCAUGGGAGACCUGCGUAACUGCCCGAGUAACUGUGGAGAAAUGUUGCGCAUUCGCCGUGUCCUGAUGAAUUCUCCUGAGAUCAUCAGCAUCGGCCUGGUAUGGGACUCGGACCACUCGGACCUCGCCGAGGACGUCAUCCACAGCCUGGGCACAUGCUUGCGUCUGGGGGAUCUGUUCUACAGAGUGACGGAUGACCGCGCCAAGCAAUCAGAGCUCUACCUGGUGGGCAUGGUGUGUUACUACGGCAAGCAUUACUCCACGUUUUUCUUCCAAACCAAGAUACGCAAGUGGAUGUACUUCGAUGACGCCCACGUCAAAGAGAUCGGGCCCAAGUGGAAAGACGUGGUUUCGCGGUGUAUAAAAGGCCAUUACCAGCCCCUGCUGCUGCUCUAUGCUGACCCCCGUGGGACGCCUGUGGCAUCGCAGGACAUGCCCGCUGCUCAGCUGGAGCUGCACCACUGCAGCAAAGCCGGUUAUGACAGUGAAGACUCUGGGAGGGAGCCGUCCAUCUCCAGCGACACACGCACAGACUCUUCCACAGACAGUUACAGUUAUAAGCACUCUCGCUCACACCACGAGUCCAUGGCCUCCCAUUUUUCCUCCGACUCUCAGGGAACAGUGGUGUGCAAUCAGGACAGCAGCGGCUCACAGAACAGCAUGGACUCUGCAGGUGAUGUCCUGAAAGAGAAGACAGCUCCUCAGUCCCCACCACGACCAUUGUCAUUAGGACGACUGUCUGACUGUAAGAAAGUGGGCUCGGGUGCUGGAGGAUCCGAAGCUGGGCCACAUGCCAGGGACUGGGAGGAUGAGAGCACCAGCAGUGAGUCCAAGUCCAGCUCCAGCGGGGGACAUUAUAGGCCAUGCUGGAGGCCAAGAAGAGAAGCGCUGAACAUUGACACCAUCUUUAGCCAUGAUAGGCAACGGCUAGGUCCGAGUCCACUCCCCGAGGAUGCCAAUCCGCAGACGCCUAACGAAUCCUUUUCUGAGAUGGGAGCAGAUGUCAUGGACUCCACAGAGACCCAGCCCAUGGAUAUAGUAGGAAGUGGGUCGAACGGAGGAGCGAGGCACCUUCCAGUCCCAGCCGCUCCACGUGGCAUGGCUCAGCCACCAAGGUUAAUCCAAAGGAUGGAAAGUGGCUAUGAGAGCAGUGAGAGGAACAGCAGCAGCCCCAUCAGCAUGGACAUGCCUCUUAAUGAGAACCUUAGCACCAGUGCACCCAGGGAGGCCAGCAGUAAAAGGCAAAAGACGUCAGCACCAUCCUGGCGAACAGUGCCAAAAUCCAAGAGCAGCAGUGCCAUCUUGCAAGAUGUGCGAUCACCCAGCUGGAGCAGCAGCCCUGUAAAUCUGGGAGAGGGCCGCAGUGAACUUGAUGAGCUUCAGGAGGAGGUGGCACGCAGAGCAAGGCAGCAGGAGCUACAGAGAAAGAAGGAAAAAGAAAGAGAAGCAGCCAUGGGCUUCAAUCCCAAACCCAGCAAGUUUAUGGACCUGGAUGAACUCCAGCACCAGGGGAAGGGGUGCAGUUUUAAGCGCUGCCUGGCAGAGGCGGAUGCUCUGUUAGAGCAGUCGCUGCGCCUGGAGCAGGCUGGAGACCCAGCCACCGCCCUGGCACUCUUGCGCCACGUUGUGUCUAAACUAAGAUUUUCCAUGCAUGAGGGCAGUGCUAACACUCAUAGCAGGACUAUGGCUGCUGACGCCAAGCUGCAAAAAUGCAUGAGGAGAGCUCGAGGCCUACAACAGCGCAUUCAGCAGCAGCAACAACAGCAAGAGCAGCCGCAGGAGCCCGGCCGCCCACAGGGGUCUCGCAGUGAACAGCCUGGCUCGGUCCAAAUACUGCUGACAGACAAUCAGGAGGAGGUGUGGGAAGUCAAUCCAGACGCAUCCCUUGGCCCGCCGCCUCCUGCCCAGACGAAGCCACUCACCUCUAAUUCACUUUCUGCUUUGAACCGCCUGUCACUUAACACUCCCCACACUUCCCUACCUCAGCCACACCCACAAGACCCUACUCAAGGAAGUGAUCAGUCACUGAAAGAAACAGAAUGGAGCAGUGUGAAACUUUCCGAUGUCCUGCAGGCCUCAGGCGGGCAGAUCAGACCCAUCCAUAAGCACCUGGCCAUCUCUCUGCCAUCUCUUCCCCUGGAUUUCUGGGGUGUUCUGGAUGAAGGUGAAGAGCUUUCCCAGCACCAGCAGCCUUUAGCUUCCUCCUCUACAUCCCCUGUUUCAUCCCUAUGGAGGGGCACUUCUGAUAGCCCCCAUCCUUAUGCAGCAAACAUAUCGCCUCAGCCUGAGAAGAGUGUGCAGGAACACCCCAGAGCCCCUGUAAGGCAACCCUUAUGCAGUCUUCCCUUACCCCCCUCACCUGUGUUGUCUCGUUCCGGCCCUAGACACGCCCCACCUCCUGUCACAGCUCGUCACUGGUCAUCCUGGAGCUUUGACCGCCCUGAUGCUGUGGUCACGCCCCAUGAGACCCCACCAGAUCAGAGCCACCUCAUUAGGCCCACCAUCUUUCCACGCUCACAUGGAUGGAGUGGUCCACCCCAUAGUCCAAUGAGCUCCAGGAGCAAGAGCAUCAAAAAGUUUGCCAGCUCUCAGUUUGAGCCUGAGGCUCAGGCUGCAGAGUAUGAGGAGAAGGAGCUUUCAGAGCUAGACUCGCUGUACCAGGCUAGUCUGCGGGCAGGCCGUCGUUCCAGCCCAGCCACUGGGAAACCAGUGACUUCUGCGGCACGGCAGCUCCUUCCUGGGGUGGGCCGCUCACAGACCCCCACGGCUGAGCUGGAGAGAACUGCAUUUGGAGCACCAGGCUCUUUCAGCUCCAUUGCGCACACAGACAUGCUAGUGGAUGAUACGCAGUAUGAUCCCAAUCACCUGCGCCGCAUAGCUCGCAGUCUGAGCGGGACCGCAGUUGGACAUAGUCAGGAUCAUCUUGCUGUUUCACGCAGCUUUUCGUCCUGUGUGUCCGUCAUGACUUCCACUUUUCCCAUUUAUAUACACUUACAUCAGCCUGGGUCUUGUGGGACCACCCAAGGAUGUCUCCAGAGGGUCACCAAGUUUCUGGCUGUGUCUCACAGGGGUCAAGCUCAGUCCAGUCCACCAGUGAAGUAUACUAGCGCUGUGCCCCUGGCAUCCUUGGCAGUAGUCUCCUUGGUGUCCUAGGCCCACGUACAGCACCCUCCAGCUUUAUCUCCCCGCAAGGAUCCCUGCACAUACAAAUAAGUAAUUGCUAGAAUGUUGUAACAGAGAUUAAUCCCAGAUCCCCUAGCUUUUAGCUACACUAGCCCACUGGAGCACUAGCAGCUCUGGAGGGCUGGAUCCCUCUUGAAGCCCAAAUUCCUCCUGUAGCCUAUGUUUCUCGGACCACCAUGGGCUCGCAACAUUUCCUUUAUUCAUGUGGCGUGUUGCCUACUGUGUCUUCCUUAGCUAUUUCGUCUCUCUUUAACCUUUUUCUCAUUCAGAGUGGGCUGCUCUGCCUUUUUCAAUGUUCAUGUAUAAUGGGUCUGGGUCAGCCUCUGUCCUGCAUAGCAGUGUUUUAAAAGUGUGUUAAAGCGCAUUUCUUCCUUCCUGUCCACAGCAUGGUGAAGGGAUAGAAAGAGCAUAUUUUCUUCUUUUUUCGGUUCACUGUUUGGGAUAAUAUGAUGGACUGAGUAGCUUUGUGUGUGUGAGUGUGUGUGUGUGUGAGCGUGUGUGUGUGAGAGCGUGUGUGUGUGUGCGUGUGUCUGUGUGGUGGGGCACGCUAACAGCAUGCUGUGGUACAAAAAAGGCUUUGAGCCAGCCGCAGCGAGCCGUUCUACCCCGAGCACUUAACUUAAUUAAACGCACUGCAUGGAGCUGCAAAGCUGGCAAGAUCCAGCAGCAUCCUGGAUAACUUUUCACUAUCUCUGAGGUCUAUUUCUGUAGCUACUGCACACGAUUAAGGUGUGUGUGUGAGUCUCUUGCGUGUGGGUAUGCAUUGAACAUUUAGUUAGACCAAAUGUCCUCAUGACGAUAUAAACAGAACAUUGAUAGUAUUAACAUGAUAACAUUGUGUGGACAUUUGGUCAGCUUCUUUUUUUCUAAUAUCAUGACAGAUUUUUCUUUUAAAAAAAAGGAAAACUUUCUAUUUGGAUACUAAAGUUAAGGUUAGGAUUAGGUUUAGAAGUAGCAUAGCUUUAUUUAGCUACAAUACUAUACAAGUUUAUGGAAAUAACCCACUCGGAUGUGUGUGUGUGCGUGUGUGUAUGUGUUUGGGGGGGAGGGCGGGGGGGGGUCAUCAAUCUUUAGCAACGCCCAAUGUAAAAACCCACAAUGAGCUCAUGCAAACCCACUACAGAGCAUCCUUUCCUCUGCCAUUUUUAAAGGCUUUCUUUUCUCUUACUCUUUGCUUUAGAAAGAACCGACUCACCUUUUUGUGGGCUGAUGGACAAUUAGCUGAUAGUUCUGAUUUAUUGACCGACACAUAUACUUAUGCUCCCUGUUAAAAGAAAACAGUGGAAGGAGCUGUACUUUUUUUUUCUUUUUGUAUUCCUUCGUUUCUCUGCUCUGGCUCUUAGUCAGAGCACGCAUGUAUCCGUGCAGCCCAAGUGUGGAGAGCGGACGGGACUAACUCGAACUUUUCUUCCUCUUGUAUGGGCAUUCCCUGUAGCACACACCUGUUUUCUGUCUAGUGUUACAGGCAAAGACUGCUUCACUACUUUUGACUGAAUAUACACUAAUCAAUGGAUUUAUUGUAAAAGAAAUAAAAAAAAACAUAUGAACACUCUGAAAUACUUAGAAAUUAUCCAGAGGAAUGGAGAAACUCUACUUUAUGACGUUAUGGAAUGUUAAUUCAUUUUAGUGGUUCUAGUUACUAUCUGCAUUAAAACGAGUUUAGUACACUUCAGAAGUGUAAAGCUGGAGUCAAACUGCUAUUUGAAUUCUAUUGACAGUUCUCCCAUUUGUAUAGGGAGAUAUGCCAAGUUAAGCUUACUUUAUAUUUCUUUUGUAACCUGCAUCAACACUGAUAAAGUAGCUAUGAGGCUGAUGCGAUAGUAGUCGAGUAUCUGUAUUAAGAAACUCCGGCCAAGAGAAGAAAAGUCACAGUCAUUCCAUGUAGUUUUAGUAAACAUCUUUUUGGCAAAUUUGUAAUUCAAUUCAUUUAAUGCAAAAUGAAAAAAAAAAAUUAUAAAAUGUUUGGCCCUGAUAGCUACUUAAGCGUAGCAGAAAUAACUUGAAGUUCUUCUGAAGACUUUGUGAACAUUUUGCACAAAAGGUACAUUAAGGUACUUUAUGCUAUGAUCAUAUUGUAACAUAAAUAAAUUAUUACUGAAAUAUUGUAACAAAGAUUGAUCAAUGGUUUGAAGAAGCUUGAUAUGACAGUAUAGUUUGAUUGUUGCAGUAUCUAACCCAUUGGUCUUAAUUCUAUAUUGUCAUAAUUAUUUUCACAUUAAAAACAUAAGUACUAAUUGAUUGAUUGAACUUUUUUUUUCGUAUUUCAUUCAGAAUUUAUUUACCUUUUUCUCAACCAAAGAUUGGCACUAUUACAAAGCUCGCCCAUGUUAGUGAUUAUUUUAAAUCCACACUUUACAUCUAAAGCGUGUUUGAGAAUGUAGCAGUGGUGGUGCACGAGUAUGCUAUGCAACAAAUUGCACUCUCCUGAACAACCAGCAAAGAGUCAGACUGGGACAGAGCUGUGUGUGUGUGUAAACGUGUGUGUGUGUGAGCGUGUGUGUGUGUGAGAGAGAAAGAGAGAGAGAGAGUUUGCGCAGGAGUGUGCGUGUUCCUCCAGACCUCCCUGGUUUUUCCUUUAACUGAGGAUGAAAGUGAUUUAUUGCAGAAUCGUAAAACAUGUACAUAUUAACGUCUGUAUGGAUAUCAGCCUUUGAAUGCCAGCUGUAGCCAGAGAGAGAUGGAUUUUUUGAAGAUGAAAACUCAUUUCAAUGGGUUUUCCUGUUUGGAACUCAUUUGUAAAUGCUUGGGGCUGAGGGAACUUGUAUUUUUGCAAUAAAGUUAUUACCAAUGCACUCCAGCAGGGGUGCUGCACAAC